GCCCGCGGACCCCGCGGCUACCUCGCUCCCCGGGCUCCCCGGACCCGGAUUUGCAGACCCUUUAAAGGGUCCCCGUUGCCCUUCGCUGGGCCCUGCAGAACGGAAGGGGGGGUCCUGGACUUCGGUUCCAGACGGUGGGGAUCGGGAUGGUUUUCGUGCAGAUCCGAGAGGCCAAGGAGGGAGACUGUGGACAUAUUAUGAGGCUGAUUCGGGUGAAGUCUGCGAGCCCGAAACCGGGGUCUCACAGAGGGUCCACGUCGGGCUGGAGGGGCGGAGAGGGUGCGGAGGAGGAACUAGCCGAGUUCGAGAAACUUUCGGAUCAGGUGAAGAUCCGUGAAGAAGACUUGAGGGCAGAUGGCUUCGGAGAGAAUCCUUUCUAUCACUGUUUGGUAGCUGAGAGCCUUCCGGGCCCCGGGGAAUCACAGGGGCCCUGUGUGGUGGGCUACGGGCUAUACUACUUCAUCUACAGCACAUGGAAGGGGCGCAACGUUUAUCUGGAAGACAUCUAUGUUAAGCCGGAAUACCAGGGUCAGGGGAUUGGUUCCAAAAUUAUCAAAAAGGUGGCUGAGGUGGCCUUGGACAAGGGCUGUUCCCAGUUCCGCCUGUCAGUCCUGGACUGGAACAAGAGGGCCAUGGACUUGUACAAGGCCCUAGGAGCCCAAGAUCUGACGGAAGCUGAGGGCUGGCACUCCUUUCGCUUCGAAGGAGAGGUGAUGAGGAAGUUGGCAGGAAAGUGACUUCACCCCUUGGGGAUCUGGCUCUAUUUGAGCUUCUCCUUCCCCACCAGUUCCAGCACUGAGUAUCUCCACGGCCAAAGGCCUUCCGAAAGGAAAGAAGAGUUAGGAGUGCAUAUUCCUGAAGCUCGUAAAGAGCCAGAAUUGAGGGAAAGGUCUUUCCACCUCCUGACUGAGGAUGAAAAAUAAAUGAUAAGUACUAUCUCUUGA